AUGAAGUUUUGGGCUAUAGCUUUCAUUACGGUAGCUGUUGUCUUUGCUAAUGAUGAGGGUGAGGAUGAGGAUCAAGCAGUUCUGAAGAAGGCCGAAGAAAUUCUUCUCACCCAUAAUGAAGGACCGGAUAAAAAUUGGAUUCGCGAACAACGAGAAGCUAUGGCUUCCCUUACUCUUCGUCGCUCCAAAUUUAGUCGUGCCGAAAAGCCCGAAAAUCCAGAACUAGAAGCUAAACUUGCAGAAUACCGUAACUCGGUUGGUCCAAAAAGCAAUAUAACAUCUGAAGAGGAAGGAGAUGAAAGGCCUGUGUCACCUGAUGCUACCGAAGAGCUUUCUGGAAUUGCUAUUGAAGGAGAUAUGAUAUUAUCAUCUGGUCAAAUAGAUAACUUACUUAAUCCGGGAGGAAAUGGUAAUAAACGAAGAAAGCGAUCCGCUACCACGGAUCCGAAAGCAUACUGGAGUCCUGAUGAAAGCAUUCCAUUCUUUGUUGAAAGCGGAUUAAAUCGAACACGUAUCCUUCAAGCCGUUAAGUUCUGGCAAGAUAAUACAUGCUUGAAUUUUGUUGAAAGCCGUACAGCUGGAUCGAACCGUCUUCGAUUCUUCCGUGGAAGCGGAUGCUGGUCUUACGUAGGAAAGCAAGCAUUCGGAAGUCAAGAUAUCUCCAUUGGUCAAGGAUGUGACUCCAUUGGAACGAUUUGCCACGAAAUGGCUCACUCUCUUGGAUUCUACCAUACGCAAUCGAGAUACGAUCGUGAUGACUACCUUGACAUUAACUUCGGUAACAUCCAAUCAAGUCUACAGUAUAACUUCGACAAGUUGACAUCCCAAGCUGAAACUCAUUUUGGAAUGCCAUAUGAUUAUGGUAGCGUGAUGCAGUAUAAUCCAUAUGCUUUUGCUCUUGAUUCAAAUGUUCCAACUUCAUUAGCCAAAGAUCCCAAUUACCAAAAUAUGAUGGGACAACGUGAAUCACCUGCUUUCUCUGACGUUAAACAGAUGAACUUGGUAUAUAAAUGUGCAGCUCGUUGCCCAUCAACUAUUCGUUGUUCCAAUGGUGGAAUAAUCAACCCUAACGAUUGUACCAAGUGUAUUUGCCCCAAGUAUUUCAGUGGAGAUACUUGUGACUUUUUGGGUAAAGCGACAGCUCCCGUCUGUAAUGGACAACUUAUUCAAGCCACAAACCGAAGUUUCACAACCUUCAAAGCUCAAACUGGACUUGGAAUAACCUAUCAAUAUACUGAUGCCGUCGAAUGCUUCUAUUCUAUUAUGUCUCCUCCUGGUACUAGAAUUCAAAUACAAAUCAGAAACCUUGACGCAAGCUGCAUGGAAUCAUGCCCAUGGGCUGGAUUUGAAAUUAAUAUGGGAACACCUGAUUUAGCAGGAAUGUUGGUAUGCUGUCCCGAAGCUUACAAGAGGGCAUACACUUCCGUCUCAAAUCAAAUUUUAAUUCGAGGAGUUUCGAAAUAUAAUAAUGUAGCCAUGGAUAUCUCGUACAGAGUGGUUUGA